GGGCAAAACUGGUCAGGAUGUCUAGCGGCGUAGAAGAAGACAAAGAAGAGCUGGCAGUUCGAAGAAGAAGAACAAACAUGGCAGCACAUGAUACAGCGCGGUGUUUAUUUCGAGGCUAUUUUUGGAUAAAAAAUGUCCAGAGGAGCAACAGCUUGUUGUUAAAAUGUAGCACCAGAAGAUUUUGCAGCGAUAGUCAAGAAAACGUCCAAGACAAUGCAAAGCCUCAAUUCACACAUCCAGUUGUGCAGGACAUCCUCAGCAGGAUAACAGGUCUGGACUUGCAUAAAGUGUUCCAGCCCCUUAAACAGGAGCUGAAGCCACCUACUUAUAAACUUAUGACAGAUGAGCAACUACAGCAGGCAAUGAAGUCAGCUGAAGAGAAGGCUAAGAAGAUGCUGCAAAUGCCUCCUGUUCUACCAGAGAGGAAGCCCAUCAAUGAUGUAUUGUCUGUGGACACAGUCCUGGAUGGCAUGGAUACAGCCAAAUAUGUCUUCACAGACAUAACCUAUCAUAUUCCACACAGGGAAAGGUUCAUUGUUGUCAGGGAGACCGACGGGAAGCUAAGGAAAGCAACCUGGGAGGAAAGAGACCGGUUGAUUCAAGUGUACUUCCCAAAAGAUGGACGCAGAAUUACCAUACCUCCCCUCUUCAAGGAGGAGAAUGUAAAGAUAUUAUUCUCCCAGGACCGACACAAGGAUGUGUUGGACUUAUGCCUGGUUCAAUUUGAACCUGACUCAUCAGAGUACAUCAAGGUGCACGCUGCCACCUAUGAGGAUUUGGACAAACAUGGGAAAUAUGAUCUCUUUCGCUCCACCAGGCACUUCGGUGGCAUGGCCUGGUACCUGGUCAACGCACACAGGAUUGAUGGCCUCAUUGUGGACAUGCUGAAAAAGGAAUUGGUGCAGGAUGCGGUGAGCCUCGUAUCUCUCUUCCAUCUCGUACACCCUCACAGCAAGUCGGCCCAGGAGGCUUCCAGCCAGCAGGCCACAGGCACUGACCUUCUCACGAUCUACGCCCAGAACGAAUCCCAGAGGUCAGGCUACAUUGAGCUGGCCCUGCAGGCAUAUCAACAGACUGUGGGUAAGAGCGCUUCUGCUUGACCCGCUUCCUCCCACUGCGUGUUCUACAAACCCACAAUGAAACCUGAAGGACAGGCAACAUAGCUUCUUCUUUGACAAAUCCUGGUCUGUUGUUGUUUUUUUAAAGAGUUUGCAUCAUAACCGCAUAUUGUAAAGAAAUGAAUAAACAUGUAUUUGUAAAUGUGAUAGAAUAA